CCCCGGUCCUCCCCCAUAAACAAUGGGUAAGCACGACGGCAAGAACAACUCAAAGGGCUCUCGCAGGCGUCCCUCCAUCGACGUUGUCGACGCCAAGGUCGCCGUCGACCUCGCCACCGCCCAAACCUACUCCGAAAAUGUCUUUCUUUUCGUUCCAAACCUCAUCGGAUACACUCGCAUUCUCCUCGCAGGCCUCUCCCUUCAUUUCAUGAGUUAUCACCCAAAGUACUGCACUAUCGCCUACGUUGUCUCCUGUCUCCUUGAUGCCGUAGACGGUCAAGCAGCACGAGCACUCAACCAGACCUCCAAAUUUGGCGCCGUGUUGGACAUGGUCACCGAUAGAUGCACGACGUCGUGCUUGCUCUGCUAUCUUAGCUCAGCCUAUCCUAGCUGGGCUCUCUUCUUCCAGUUUCUUAUCGCUCUCGACUUCAGUAGCCACUAUAUGCACAUGUACAGCUCCCUCGUCACUGGAUCUCGGAGUCACAAGCUGGUCACCAGUGAUGUCAGUCGCAUUCUGUGGUAUUAUUACAACGACUCCCGGACCCUGUUCUUCUUCUGCGCAGGGAACGAGUUGUUCUUCGUCUCCCUCUAUCUCAUGGCAUGGGUUCACACCCCAAUCGGCCUUGGUCCCUACCACCCAUGGCUGGCCGAGCUUACGUGGCCGCAGCUGAUGGCAAGCCUGUCCCUCCCCGUCUGCUUUGGCAAGAACGUCAUCAAUGUGGUGCAGUUGUGGAAAGCCUCCAAAAUCUUGGUGGGUGUCGAUCUUGCGGAGCGGGCGGCCGCGCGGGAGUCGAAGCAGUAGAGCAUGAAGGACAGUUGUCGGCACUACAGUAUCUAUCCGCCAUGCUUGGGGCCAUUUAGCGUAUAUCGUACCCGCCGCCACGGUGACCGCCUAAUUACUAAAUCUAUCGCUCCUACAUACGUUGGUAUUUUCUUUUUUCGUUCGCUACCC